AUGAGUGCCCCUAUGCUUGAGUUCCGGACGCAGGGCUUCAACCCCUACGCCGUCAAAUAUUCGCCCUAUUAUGACAAUCGAAUAGCUGUUGCGAGCUCUGCAAACUAUGGCAUUGUGGGCAAUGGGAGGGUGUAUGCCCUGGGUCUGAACGCUGCAGGUGUGCAGGUAGAAAAGACCUUUGACACCAACGAUGCUCAGUAUGACCUGGCAUGGUCUGAACUCAACGAAAAUCAACUCAUUGUGGCCUGCGGCGAUGGGUCCAUCAAGCUGUUCGAUUUAGGCGUGAACGACUUUCCCGUCAUGAAUUUCCAUGAGCACAAAAGGGAAGCUUUCUCGGUGUGCUGGAACUCUGUUAGCAAGGACACCUUUCUUUCAAGCUCAUGGGAUGGGACUGUCAAACUUUGGUCACCCACCCGCAACCACUCACUCAAGACGCUGCCGAUAGGCAACUGCACAUAUAGCGCGUCCUUCUGCCCUCUCAAUCCCUCUCUCAUCUCUGCCGUGUCGACAGACUCACACCUCCGUCUGUUCGACCUCCGGACGCCGGUAUCGGCCAAGUACCACCUGGUGGCAGCCAUUCCGGUGCACGGCGGGCCACAGCCGUCUCCCCCUGCUGAGAUCCUGACGCACGACUGGAACAAGUACCGCGACACGAUCAUCGCGACCGGCGGUGUCGACCGUGUCGUGCGCACCUUCGACAUUCGCGCCGGUGUCAAUUCGGUCGGUCCCAUUUCGGUCAUGCACGGCCAUGAAUUCGCCGUGCGCCGGUUGGCCUGGAGCCCUCACGUCAGUGACCUGCUCGUCAGCGCCAGCUACGACAUGACGGUGCGCCUGUGGUCUGACGGCUCGAAUCAGCAGCCUGGUGCUCCACCAGGCGCGCCGGUCGCGGCCCAGGGUAGACAGUUGGGACUGAUGAACCGUCACACCGAGUUCGCUACCGGUCUUGACUGGUGCUUGUUUGGCGCCGGCGGCUGGGUUGCGUCUUGUGCUUGGGAUCAGAGGGUGCUAUUGUGGGACGCUAACGCCUUCCUCAGGUAA